AUGGCAAGGUUGCUGACGCAGAAUACAGAUGUUGAUCCGAAGAACGGCAUGACAUCCUGCUGUCCAGCAGACACAUUCUGGAGGACCGACGUAGAUUACCCCAACGAGGGUCAAUGCUGCCCAAGAGGCACAGGCUACUCAUUCGACUUCUCCAUCCAGAAGGGAAAAUGCUGUGGCCCUGGCCAACUCUUCAUUGGUUCCGCUUGCCGCUCGGCUCCCAUGUCUGUGAAACCUUUAGACACAAGUCAGGGACCAUGCCCUUCUUGCGGCAACGGCCCCGUCUGCUCCUACUACGGUAACCUCGGCCUCCGCUACAAUCACUGCUACUUGAUGAAGGACAGCGGCGGAAACGAGAUCCGUCAGAACGGCGGUUUCUACGUCAACCAGGAUCUCGUGGUCAACGGCGAAAGAAGCAUCCCCUUCCGCAUCUGCGCCAAUUCAACCAACUGCAGCGUCAACAAGGACAACUACGUUCCUGAAGGAGGAUUUUGGUUUCAGCUAGACGAGCAAGGCCCCAGCGGCAACCCAAAUGGUCAACCAGGCUGGGUUGUCUUCUCGACCGACUGGCUGAGCGUUGCGACAGUUGUCCCGCCUGCUCCGGGCCUGCCUGGUCCAACUCCAACUAAUUUCACAGGCGUAGGUACCUGCACGUUUGGCGAAUGUGCUAUCUGCAUCAAAUUUGGAGCACCGGGUGGAUACCUUGGGUAUCUGGGGUUGGCGAGCCUCGGAGGAGGAGCAGGCACCGGGCCUAUUGCUGUUGCGAACAAUAGAAGCUGUCGAGCCUGGCAUUAUGAGGAGACUAAUUGUAUCGGACCGUCCAUUGUGGCUCCUAAUUGA